AUGUACCACGCAUGCGCGCUGCACCAAUUACCAUCUGUGAGCGAUGGCCUCAAAAACGCCUUCAACACCUUCAACACCUUCAAACCACCACUUUUCGAAGAGUUCAGGGCCGGGGUUGUUCGAUAUGGACAGCGGGUUUCAGUUCCAUGGACUGCGGCUCGACGACAUAUUUGUGCUCAGCCUUUCUGGCAGGUCCAUGUGUUUAUUCCGUUCCUUUCGCUGGCAUAUAAGCCCGUCUCCCAUUCGGCCACGAGAUUCGAACCCUACUCACCCCUCCCACACGGUUGCUUGAGUACAUCACGCCUCCCAGCUCGCUGGCCUCCUCAAGACCAAUCUCCCCUUCUUCCUCUUCUUGCCGUCCCCAUCAACUAUUGA